ACCUGUAAAUCAAUGAGAAAGACAAUCGAUACAGGUGAUAUCAUGCGGAAUAAACCUCCAUAAAAAUGUCUCUUAUCGGAAUUUUCAACUGAUAACGUAAUUCACUUGUACUCGCUCCCAUGAGUAAUGCUGUCGGAAAGGGCUUAAAGCCAACGCACACCAAUGUGCGCCGCACAUAUAUAGGCCCGGAAAUAUUUUCCAAACCAGCGGCGGCAUUUGUUUAACCCUGAACUAAAUUCAAAUAUUAUCAAGACUCUCGGCGUAGUUUGUUGCCCAAGGGGGUGGGGGUAUGCAAACACAGAGCUGGCAAACAAUGACGGAUCUUUUGCAUUUAUGGUGGAUGGUUCUUUCGCAUUAGCAUUUUUCCCUUUACAUUCCUUUUCCUUUACUUAAGUUCCUUGCAAGUUAAAGAUCCUUGAAGGUAACGGAGCAGAGCAGAUUUAAAUCAAUUCUUCAUUCACGGGCUUGUCGUUAAAAUAGCCAAAGAAAGGGCUUAUUUCUUUUAAUUCCAUAACACGUUGUACUUACUUCCUAAAACGUGCCCGUUAAUAUUUUGUUAAAACCCCCAUGACUGGCUACGAUCUUCUAGAAAGAUAUUUAUUUACCUCCUACAACCUAUAGAAUUUGUUGAAAUUUUGAAAUAGCAGUAUCGAGUAGUUUCCCAGAUCUAGUCUCGAAAGCCAACCAGUUGGGAAGAUCAACGAUCAAAUACUUUCGAAGAAAAACACAAAAAAGAUAUGUCCAGGCUUUCGGGAAGCAGCAGCCUACUGGCUGUAGCUUUGGUUUAUCUAUGCUGCAGCAUAGGCGUGACCGAAGCUCAGGAAAAUGCACAACUGCAGAUUCCGCCAUCACUUGUGGAAUGCUACAACACGAGCUACUUUAUGAACCGCGACAAUCGCUUGCCCUCCAACCUGGAGACGCUGAUUACUCUGAUUGAAAAGGUGGAGAAUUCGUAUGGCUUCGACCAGGACAUUACCCAGUUGUCGAUAGCUCUGUUGCAUCGAUUCCGACAGGAUGGCAUCCAAAGAGCACCGGGUGUGGUAGCCUCCCCCGGUGUCAUACCUUACAGCCCAAUAGGAUUUCAAUUUCCCAAGUUCCGCAUUUUGUUGUCCCGUCUGAUACCUGGAAAUGCUCUACGUUUCCCCAACAACACGUUGACCAGAGAGGAAAGGUGCUCCCUACAUUUUAUGCUCUCCAGCUCUUUCGAUACCCAAGUCAGAGGCGAUGAAAACCAGGUCUGUAAUAAUCUGUCACAAUACCGAGCCCAAAGGCUGCCUCGUGCCUUGGCUGCCCCGCAGCUGAAACGCAACAAUUUCAUUGGCGAUGUGGAAAUUUUGGAUGGCUUGCAGUCGAAGAAACCAGUUCCUGGCGCCAAACAACGCAUGAACCCCAUGAACUACGACUACGAUUGGGAUGACAUGGGCUAUGGGUAUGGCAGCGACUCGAAUACUAUCAGCCAGUGCCCAGUUGAGAAUGGCGUUAUCCGCACCAAGUGGGGUAACGUGGCUGCAGGCAACUUAAUUGCCGGCAUAGCAGCCGGUCUCCAGCCCCAAACAGUUCAACUGAAAUCUCUGCUGGCCUUAUCUCCCCGCCGCGGUGGAUAUGUCCAAAAUAUGCCUCAAGUGGCCACCGUCGGUGUGGACAAUCGCUGGGCGGCCACAGUGGCUGGUGACUUGGCUGAGGUCGCUCUAGUCCAGGUCCCAGUGUCUAGCACUGGCCAGGCAACAGUUGGCGCCAGCGGAGCAUGGAAUAGCACCGUAAUGCCCAAGUGGUAUUUCCUCAGUCAACGCCAGAACAUGGAAAUGACAGACGCUGAAAUACGCGGCGGUCUUGAUGGCCUCAUCAUUGCUCUCAACAUUCAGUCCUGGCGCCAACAGGUGUCCAACUUAAAGCUGUCCCAGUUGCUGAGAAUGUACUAUUCACUGGACGGUGUUCUGAACAGCGGCAUUAUGGCCUGUAAUCGGGCGACCUACUUUACCCAAAACAUCCAGAUGACCACCAUGAAUGUCCAGGCCUCCGCCUUCGCCCAGGUGUUGGAUCGGGAAAUGCAGCUUCACGUGACAUUGUCUCCGGAUGCCAUCGCCACAUUCGCGGCCUCUGCAGCUUCGGCCCUGGGUACCUAUAUACCUCUCAUGGACAAAAGUCUCAGUUCCGUGGCAGUGGCCGAGCCCGCUGACAUAACAAAUCGCACGACCAUUCUGACCGAUAUAUUCGUGUUUCUGGACACAUCGUGGGAAUACAGACACGUCGUGGACUAUGUCAACUACGUUGUCGAACGCCUAAACAUCAAUCCCUAUGGCAGUUCCAUAACGCUGCUGGCAGCCCGAGAUGGCAGUGUGAUGGUCAACAGAACAUUUUACAUAUCGGACUUCUACUCGAACUGGAAUGUUACGACCCACUCCAACUUUCGAAAUGGUUUCAGCUUGCCUCUGAUCCUUAGUAAAGCCAGAGAUUUGACAUCCAGUAUUUUAAGCUCCGAGCAGAUAAAAGAUUCGAUGGGAGGCCGAUCUAUUGUAGCUCUUCUAAUACCAAGUCCAAUCGCCUUCGUGCACGAAUACGACUUCGACUAUUGCCAGCGAUAUGUCGAACGUUUGAAUGCAACAAUGCCCGAAUUGAAAUUCAUAUUCUAUGCGGGCGGGGCUGUGAUUCGUUUCACGGACUACGUGUCCAACCCCAAAGAAGACCUAUUUCCACUUGACUACGAUGUGGGCGUCGAAAAAUGCGCUCAGCCGGUUGUAAACCGGAUACGUGGAGUGCCGAGACAGUUAUCAAAUCCCUGUUGCACCUCACAGUGGACAAAUGGCAACCAGGCCCAGAACCAAUUGGUGCAAUAUCAAGAGCUUGGGAAAAUAACCUUCUAUGCUAUGCCCCCCAAUUAUUUCUAUCACGAUGGAAGCAUGCGCUAUUUGAAGGUGAAACCCCUAAGUUCCGUGGCCUUUAUCGUCUGCACAUCACGAUCGCUUAAGUUGCCCUACAGAAAUCCCUCAGCCGCAAGCGCGAUAGGUCAAGACUGCAAACAAAUCACGACCAACGAUUACAGUUACGAUUUGACAGCCAUGUGCAACCAGAUGGACCAACUGCUGGACUGUCCUCCAUUGUAUAUUUCGGUACAAUCACAGGACUUUGCUACAACCGCUCAGGCGCUGUGUACUGAGAAAAGCUGUCCCACCCCCAUGUCUGCCCAGUAUUCGAUAAUUGUUAACAAUUUGGAUUGCACCAACAGAGGCCGGACAAUGGAAACAAGCCACAGUAUUUUAUUAAUGUUAUCCUUACUAUUCCUUAGUGUCAAUCCAUUUUAAUGUCCUUUGACAAUAACAUUAGAAAAUAAUUCGAAAUAUAUUGUUGUAAAACAAGCUUGAAUGCGUGUCAGUCGGCUUGGAUAUA